AUGAGGACCCGGAUUGAAGGUCUUGAAGACACAAGAAAAAACAAGCGCAUAAAGUUUAUUAAUCGUCCCAAGUUUUUUGUUGGUGACACAGUUGAGGUAAGAAGUGUGGAGGAAGGAUUCUUAGGCUCAUGGCAUAGUGGGAAAGUAAUUUCUUGUGAAUCUCAAGCUAUAAGAGUUGAAUAUUAUCACAUUGUGUGUGAUGAUGAUUCUGGGAAAAAACUGAUUGAGUCUGUGAAGAUUAGUCCUGCUAUUCAAGGAAGAUUUUAUAAUCAUCCAUCUUCAAAAAAGAAAAGAGGCUUGAUACAUCCAUCUCCUCCUCAUUUUGAUUUUGAUUUGCGGAAGCUGGAAUAUGGUCAUUGCGUUGAUGUUUAUUACCGAGAUGCUUUUUGGGAAGGUGUGAUAUUCGAUCACAAUGAUGGUGCGGAUGAACGAAAAGUUAUAUUUCCAGAUAUCGGUGAUGAAAUGUUGGUGAAAAUUUGCAGCCUACGAAUAUCUCAGGAUUGGAAUGAGACUAGCGGUGAAUGGCAGUCACGGGAAAAAUGGAUAUUUCUUCAUUUGGUCGAGGAACUCAUUGAAAAUUGGCCUAUACAUGUUUCAGCAAAGGAGUUAUGGUAUGGAGUUCGAGGAAAGAAGAUUUUUAUGAAACUUGUAGACUGGACAUCGAAUAAGAUGAAUGUCUGGAACGAAUUGAUGUCAGAAAUUAUUUCUGAUUAUCAAUUCCUUGCUUUGAAACAUGUAUUGAAAUUGUUAGAUGUUGAAUCUGACAAUGAGCAAAAUCUUUCAGAUGCCACCACAACCCAAAGUGAUUUGGUUAUAUUCAAAGAUGAAGAAAGAAAAGAUAAUGGAUGGUCAGUUGUAGGAGCUAGCAUUGUUCCAGAUGUUAAGUCUGACGAGAAGUCAGUGAGUGAUUAUUGUAAUUUACAUAGAGACGGUGGAAAAGAUCACUUUGGCGAUACAAAAACUAAAGCUCGGCAACAUUUGGUUUCAGUUGGAUGGAAGAUCGAGUCUAUAAGAGAUGGAAAAAGAGGCUUUCUUAGAAUGCGUUAUACUUCUCCUGAAGGAAAAGUCUUCAUGUCACUUAUUCAUGCAUGUUAUGCUGUGCUUGGAUAUAAAUCAGAAAAGGAUCUGCCACCCAAAAGUUCCCAUUCUCGGGUUUCUGAGAAAUUACAAGAAUCUGUAGUAAAUUCUCCUAAUGAGGCAUUUUAUGAACCUGAAUAUAAUCAUGAAGCCUUAUUGGAGUAUGUUUCAAUUGGAUCCAAAGAUAAGAAUGAUCAUACUUGGUACAGGAAGCCUCAUGUUAAAGAACUUCAAUUGAAAGUACGAAAGCAUCUCUCUUUUCUUGGAUGGAAAUUCGGUAACUCUACAAGAAGAGGUAAAAGGGAUUUACGAUAUUACUCACCAUGGGGGAGGGUACAAACGUCUCUUUUUAAAGUGUGCAAGCAAUAUUUGAAAGAUAGAUUUGGUUUGCAGAAAAACUUAUUUCUACAACAAGAAAUCUUUAAUGAAUCGAGGGAGAUUGUUGUUCAACAUGAAAGCACUUUGGCUGUUCAACAUGAAAGCACUCAAGCUAGUCCUUCUAACUUGUUGAGUGUAAACGAGGCAUUAGUAAAAAAGAAUUCGGAAGAUUUGGUUUGCAAAAGAGUUGGAAAUGAAAAUCCCACCACUUCUUUCAGUUCGAAACCUCGAACUGAAUUGUCUUGGUUAAUAGACAAUGAUAUGGUGAUCCCUAAGACUAAAGUAUAUUAUAUUUGCGAAAUUGAUCAACGUCGCUUAGCUGAAGGAGAGAUUACACCAGAAGGAAUAAAAUGUGUUUGCUGCGAGCAUGUUUUUGUUAUUGCAAAAUUUGAGACUCAUGCUGGCAUUAUUGACCAUAAUAGAUCAGCUACCAGUUUACUUUUGGAGGAUGGAAGAACUCUUUUAGAGUGUCAAUCACAAUUGAAGAAUCGAAAUAAUAUAAUAUGCUUGAGAGAAAAGUUUAAAGAGGCACCAACUCCCGAUAUGCAAAGUGAUAAUAUAAACGAUUAUAUAUGUUCUAUUUGUCGUCUUGGUGGAGAAUUACUUUUGUGCGAUAAAUGUCCAUCCUCAUAUCAUAUUGAUUGUCUUGGUCUUAAGAAUGUUCCCGAGGGCGACUGGUUUUGUCCAACGUGUUGUUGUGGAUCUUGUGGAGGAAGCGAUUUUUCAGAAGAUGUUAAUGGAGUGAAAAAUGAUAUUUUUCUCUAUUGCCACCAAUGCCAACAUAAGUAUCAUAACGGGUGCGUGAAGGAAAACAGACAUGGAAUCAUGGGAAGUAGUUUUUGCAGCAAAAGUUGUGAAGAGAUAUUUUGUACUAUGGAGUCACUUUUGGGAAAAUGUAUUUCCGUGGGCGAAAAUUUAACAUUGACAAUAUGGAAAGGUGUUUGUUUUAAUGAUGGUCAUAAGAAAGAAGCAGAGAGUUAUAGCAAAUUGAAUGUUGCUAUUAAUUUGAUGCAUGAAUGUUUUGAGCCCGUGGAAGACCCUGGAACUAAAAGAGAUUUAGUUGAAGAUGUUAUUUUUUGUCGAAGAUCUGAGUUGAAUCGUUUGAAUUUCGAAGGAUUCUUUACCAUAGUUUUGGAAAAAAAUGACGAGCUAGUUUCAGUGGCUAACUUUAGGAUUCAUGGAGAGAAAGUUGCAGAAAUGCCUCUCGUAGGCACAAGAUUUCAGUACCGUAGAUCUGGAAUGUGUCGCAUCUUGAUUAAUGAGCUUGAAAAGAUGUUAAUAAACUUAGGUAUACAGAGAAUUGUAUUACCGGCAGUUCCUAGUGUCGUCGAUACGUGGAGAAACGCUUUUGGGUUUUCUAUAAUGUCGAGAAAAGAAAAGUUAAUGUUUUUGAAUCACACCUUCUUAGAUUUUCAAGGCACGGUUAUGUGUCAAAAGGUGCUACGAAAGGUGCUACGAAAUGAGUCGCCGCAAAUACAAUUAUUUCCUUAUUCAGAGAACGAGACAAAAGUAUGUGAUGAAGCUCUUGACGGCACUGCUAUGUAUUUGAAGGCAAACAAGACUGAUCAAGUUGAAGAGAAGAGAAUAGUGAAACAAGAAUAUUCUUCCCAUAAUAAGGAUGACCUAAUUGUUGCAAGUGCAGAAUUAGGAGAGCAGAAGACCCAAUUUGAUGGAUUUGUCAUGUUUUACAAACGCAGAUGCAAGUUCGCUAAUGUCAAGACCACACGAGGAUAUAUGUGUCUAAACAUUGUAUAUUCAGGAGCAUUGUAUAUUCACGAGCAUUGUAUAUUCAUGAACAUUCUUCGUCCCUUAGUUCAAGUUCAGCAACUGAAGACCCACGACUCUUCGUUCUCAAAUGGGUUCUCAAAUGAGUAUAUGUGA